ACUGAAGUAAAGAUCUGGGUGUGGAACGUGGAGCUGUAAAACAUUAAAACAAUGAGUUUCACCCUCCUCUUGUCCAUUGUUUUCCUAUCAGUUACGCACGCUUCAAUUAGUGGACCAGGAGAUAAAAGUGGACGCGUGGGAGAAUCUGUCACAAUCCAAUGCAGUUUUGACACAUAUUUUAGAAAUUAUCAGAAGUACUGGUGCAAAGGCUACUACAAGAGAAGCUGUACUGUUUUGGUACAAACUAAUAGCCCUGAAAAGAAAAGUCAUGAUGGCAGAAUAAAAAUUACAGUUGAUAAUGCAAAAGGACAACUUACAGUACAUAUGGACCAGAUAACGAAAAGUGAUAAAGGAUGGUACUGGUGUGGAAUAGAUAGACCUAACGUUCUGGAUCCAUUAACUCCCAUACAACUUAAAGUUCUUGAAGGUCGAAAGGAUUAUACUAAGGACAAGGAAAGACUAAGACUUUUCCUAACGUUGGGAAUAAUCUUCGGAAUUCUGAUGGUAAUGUUUCUUGGACUUGUGAUCCUAAUUGUCAAAAAAAUAAGGAAAUACAAAGCUGAUGAUAACAGAGAGAAGGAAACAACAAUAGAAAAUUCUAUCCCAAAGUCAAACUCCGUGUUAUCAAAGGAGUUGGAAGAAGGAGUUACGUAUGCCACGGUGACGAUUCAGCCCAAUAAUCACCCUCAAGAGGACUCUGCUGCUCACGAGAAGGUGAAAACCUCCAACAGUCAGGAAGCAAUCAAGCCAUCUGUGGCCGAGCCUCCUACUUCAGAACCAAUAGAGUAUUCGACAAUUGUAUUCAAAAAGUAAUGUUCUUCCAACAUGACAUCUGCAAGCUACUUUCCACCCAUUUUCUGAAAAGCGAUAUUCCUAUGAAUUGUAAAUUGUUCCUUCAGGUAUGAGUAUAAAUUGCCUUAUCGUGUCCAAUUAGUGCAUACUGGAAUAAUCCCAGGCAAUAUUCCUGAACUUUUCCGAUACUUGCCAAUGGCAUGAAUCCUUCCCCUCAGAUGACCUUUGUGCUUCACUAUCUACCUUAGUUCCUCAAGUUGGAGGGUUGUUUGG